AUGUGCUCCCGCCAGGACAAGGACCAGUGCCACCGGCAAGAGCGAUCCUCAUGCCACGGCGGUGAAGGGUGCCACGGGAGCAGCGGUGGAUCUGGAUGCCACAGGAGCAGUGGCGGAUCCGGAUGCCACAGGAGCAGUGGUGGAUCCGGAUGCCACGGGAGCAGCAGUGGAUCUGGAUGCCAUGGGAGCAGCAGGGGAUCCUGCCACGGAAAGCCACAAGAUUGCCAGCAGCAAAUCUACCAAGUAUCCUCAAAGAUGAAGUGA